AUGACGAAUAAUGGUACAGUAAUCACUGUGUUAACUCUGUCAGGGUUUGGCGGGAUAACAAACUACAGAGGAACUCUCUUUGCUUUCACUUUACUGUGUUACUGUGUCAUUUGGCUGGUAAAUGUGCCCAUUAUUGUGACAGUCAUUGUGGAUAAAAGCCUUCAUGAGCCCAUGUACAUCUUCCUCUGUAAUAUGUGCAUCAAUGGACUUUAUGGGACAGCAGGCUUUUACCCCAAAUUCCUCAUGGACCUGCUGUCGACGACUCAUGUUAUCUCUUCCACUGGAUGCCUUCUGCAGGGUUUCGUGUUGCACUCUUCAGUUUGUGCAGACUUCUCUAUCCUAGUGGUAAUGGCCUUUGACAGAUAUGUGGCUAUAUGUCGACCUCUGGUGUACCACUCUGUGAUGACUACACAAAGAGUUUGUGUGUUUGUGUUUUUUGCUUGGCUUGUUCCCAUUUAUUUAGUGUCCAUAGGCACAAUAACAACAUCAAGAUCUAAGUUAUGUGGUUCACACAUACCAAAGAUCUACUGUAUAAACUUUCUGAUGGGUAAACUGGCUUGUUCUGCCUCAAUGGCAAGCAUUAUAAUUCCAGCUUUUAAUUACACCUUUUAUUUCUUACAUGCUGUGUCUAUUGUUUGGUCUUAUAUAUAUCUAAUCAGAAAAUGCUUACUUUCCAAAGAGAACAGGAGUAAGUUUAUGCAAACAUGUCUGCCACAUAUAUGGUGUUUGAUUACUCUUGUAGUGUGUUUGAUGUUUGAUUUGUUGUACAUGCGAUUCGGCUCAAAAAAGUUACCGGAAAGUGUCCAGAAUUUUAUGUCAAUAGAAUUUCUCCUUAUUCCUCCAAUCAUCAAUCCCCUCAUAUAUGGUCUCAAACUGACAAAAAUAAGAAACAGAAUAAUGCAGUUUUUGUGUGGUAAACAUCGCUAG